AUGGAGCAUCAGAAAUGCUAUAUAUAUGAACCGCCAGAGUCAGAAGAGCGAUCGCCAAAGCGACAGCGAACCAGUAAAUUCGAUCCACAAGCGCAGCUACCAGAACGGCUAGCCACGUAUCGGGAGUUGUGGGCACAACAAGAAGAGCGCAUUCAAAGUACGUUGGAGGGUGCAGAUAGUGCCACCCAAGAAAAGAUUGUGAACUUCGUCUCGGCUUCCAGUGCAUCACCACACGAGCCCAAAUUUGCCAUACCGACAGCGCUUAUCGUGGCUGGUCCCAGUAUUGCAUCCCAUGGCCCCUUUUUUCAACGCUUGGGACGCGGUAUCAGAGGCGUCAACUGCGCCUAUGUCGUGUUAACGUCCGGUGAAUGUCCGAAUUUGAAGACGUUCCUCAAAACGCUCAUUAAGAAGGUUACUUCACGCGUGGAAGAUGAGGACGAGGAUGACCUAGGUCGGCCCGCCGCAUCUUCAAAGCAUGGCCCUAAGUUACUCAACUACGAUCUCGGUUAUGUUCAAGAAUGGAACAGACAGAAUCGCGCUUCUAGCAUUGUUGUUGCUCUACAAGAUAGCGAAGCUUUCGACGUUGGACUGCUCGCCGAUGUAGUUGACCUGCUUCACUCAUGGCUCGACCGUCUGCCUUUUGCCCUACUCUUCGGCAUUGCGACUUCAGCAGAGAGCUUCGAGGAGCGCCUGGCAGGGAACUCACUCCGCUACCUUGACGGCCAGAAGUUUGACGUUACCCAAUCUGAUGAAAUCAUCGAAAAGUUAUUCCGCGCAACUAUCGCUGGCACAGAUGCUCGACUUCACGUUGGCGCCAAUCUCUGCCGCCGUAUGCUGGAUCGGCAAAAGGAUCAUGUUCAGAACACACAGGAUUUCUGCGAUGGGCUGAAGUACGCCUACAUGUCGCAUUUCUAUGCCAGUGUGCCUAGUGUCUUUGUCAAGCAUGAUAUUGCUUUCGAACAAGUAUCAGCGGAUGCGUUUGAGGCUGUCCGUACUUUGCCCUCCUUCCGUCAUUGGGUAGAAAACAUGCUAGAGGGUGGUCAAGCGCAAGACGUACGAGGGAUACUUGAAGAGAACAAACUUUUAUUCGCUCAGAUCACAAAACAUCUGCAAUCUGGGCAACACUCCAUGACUACACUAAGUCAUGCUGCAAAAGUAUUGGCAAACAUCCGGGAGUCUCUUCAAAUGUCACCCAGCGUCCGCCUGUCCUCUAUCUGGACUCGAGCAGCUGCUGGUGAACUCAUUGGAUCUCCUCUAAUCCGCGAAACGAUGCUGUCCAUCAAGAAGAUUCCAUCCGAUAAACUGGUACUUCUACUAUCAUCACUACGAAAUCUCGAGGGGGACUAUUUCGCCCUGGAUACUGCUUCUGCUCAGGACAAGCUCGAGAGUUUGAUACGAAAUGCCGAUGCGCCUCUCCGAACACAACACGAUGUUCGCAAUGAUAGUGUACGAACCACCGUCGUAGCACAAAAAGUACUUCUCAGUAAGCACAAAGCUGCACUGUCAGAACAAGACAAGGCGUAUUCGGAAUUAGUUACACAAUUCCACGACCAGCUCGAAGCGUACUUUACCUCUUCACUAAUCGACCCAAAAACAUUGGUUCUUUCAGAAAUCUUCGUGUUUGACCUAAAGUCACCACACACAGAAGUCUUCCAACCCAGGCCUCGCUUCGCGGUUGAACGCGCACUUGCUUCUCCUCAUGAUUAUCUGAGCUGCGACUGCUGUAGUGGAGUGGACGGAAACCCUGCAGCUCUUUCUGCCACCCAACCUGCGACAGCGAUUGUAUAUCAGAUGUACCUUGAGUCCGGUACGUUGAUCAACGUCACAGAUCUGUGGUCGGCGUUCAAUGCCAUUGCAGGAGAUGGAACGGAGGAGAACGAGCCCAAGACCAUGGCACUCUUCCAGCGAGCGCUAGCUGAGCUCAGGCACCUCGGUCUAGUAAAACCCAGUCGAAAGAAGACGGAUCACAUUUCGAAGAUCAUGUGGAAAGGCCUCUAG